UUCUGAAUGCUUGCCCAUUACUUUGAGUCUCAUUCAAUUUUAUUGACUCGACAAGCCGUGGUCUGCACCAAGUAACACAACUAUCUGGCGAUACAGUGAGUUUAUUUCACUAUCGCAAUAUCAUCACAAGUGCUUUGGCAUCCAUCCCUAUAUCAUCCCAGGGCUUGCCACACGAUCAUCAUCUAUCACGGCGAUCACAUCAUCGCAACGCCUAUCAUGUCGGACGAAUCUCUCCCGAUCUCUCCCUCCGCCUUCGCUGAGGCUAUCAAAGAGCUUCCCCUCCCCGUCCUCUACGCCAAAGUCUCCGAGAUUCGGAACUCAAUCGCUCAUCUGCACCGCUCGAACGCAGAACUCGAAACCUUCAUCAAGGAGUCGUGCGACAGCGAAUCAGAAAAGCGCGAGCUGGAGAGUUAUAUUAUGGAAAACAAAGAUGUGGUUACAGCUAUGACGGAGAGGGUUGAGUUACUGAAGACGGAGGUCGAGAACCGCGGACAGCAGUGGAUCGAGCUGGGCGAGACAGAUCAAGAGAGAAAGGAAACGAAUGGAGACACUACGGAGGCAUCCAGAGACACAGCACCUGCCACUCAUCAAGGUCAGACAGAUUCAGCCUCGACGAGGGGAAAUGCUUCCGGAGAUACACAAGGUGGAGAAGAGGAGGAAGAGGAAGGAGUUUACCUAUAGGGGCAGCGAUCCUUGCAGACUAGAUGACAAGAUAUCAACUAAAAGGUAUUGCGUUUUGCGACUGAGACUGAUUGGCGGGAAGUGAUUUCUUGUUUCAUAAACUUGUAUACCCAGGGCAUAGUCACCUCCGCGUCUGUCUUACUAUUUACUCAGUGGAUUCCUCUUGUGCAGCUGACUGUCAUUCUCACUCGUGAUCCAGAUUGUAAAUGAUAUUCAAAAAGGC